AUGCAUGAUAUAUUGGAUAUGAUGCCUGAAGGAAUCAAAGCAAACAAAUCAAAGACCAUUUUGCAACAUUUAAGUGAAGCUUGGAGAUGCUGGAAAGCAAAUGUUCCAUGGCAUAUUGUUGGCAUGCCUAAACCAAUUGAAAAUAUGAUUUUACGUUAUGUUAAAAGCAAAGCUGAUUGGUGGACAAGUGUCGCUCAUUAUAAUCGUGAAAGAAUUCGAAGAGGUGCAACUGUUGACAAAACUGUUUGCAAGAAAAAUCUUGGACGUUUAACACGUUUGUGGCUGAAAGCUGAGCAAGAACGUCAACAUAAUUAUCUUAAAGAUGGUCCUUAUAUUACUGCAGAAGAAGCUGUUGCUAUUUAUACUUCAACAGUUCAUUGGUUAGAAAGUAGAAAAUUUUCUCCUAUACCUUUCCCACCAUUAUCAUACAAACAUGACACAAAAUUAUUAAUUUUGGCUCUUGAAAGAUUAAAAGAAGCUUAUAGUGUCAAGGGUAGGCUUAAUCAGAGUCAACGUGAAGAAUUGGGAUAUAUUGAACAAGCAUAUGACAAUCCUCAUGAAGCUUUAAGUCGUAUAAAACGUUUGUUAUUAACUCAACGUGCAUUUAAAGAAGUCGGGAUUGAGUUUAUGGAUUUAUACUCUCAUUUGAUUCCUGUGUUUGAUGUUGAACCACUUGAAAAGAUUACUGAUGCGUAUCUUGAUCAGUACUUGUGGUAUGAAGGAACUAAGCGUAACCUAUUUCCAGCAUGGAUUAAGCCUUCAGAUACUGAACCACCACCAUUAUUGGUAUACAAAUUCUGUCAAGGAAUUAAUAAUUUAACAGAUGUAUGGGACACUUCAGAAGGUCAAAUAAAUGUCAUGAUGGAGACUCAAUUCAGCAAAGUCUAUGAAAAGAUUGAUUUGACUCUAUUGAAUAGAUUAUUAAGAUUAAUAUUGGAUCACAAUUUAGCAGAUUAUAUGACAGCAAAAAACAACGUUGUUCUUAAUUAUAAGGACAUGAAUCAUGUUAAUGCAUAUGGCUUAAUACGUGGAUUGCAGUUUGCAAGUUUUAUAUUCCAAUAUUAUGGUUUAAUUCUUGAUUUGUUGGUUCUUGGUUUGCAAAGAGCUUCUGAAAUGGCUGGGCCACCACAUAUGCCAAAUGAUUUCUUACAAUAUCGUGACGUUGCUACAGAAACUAGACAUCCAAUAAGAUUGUAUUGUCGUUAUAUAGACAAAAUUCAUAUCUUUUUCCGAUUUAGCGCUGAUGAGGCAAGAGAUCUUAUACAACGUUAUUUAACUGAACAUCCUGAUCCUAAUUCAGAAAAUAUUGUAGGAUAUAAUAACAAAAAAUGUUGGCCAAGAGAUUGUAGGAUGAGAUUGUUUAAGAGUGAUGUAAAUGCAGGAAGGGCAGUAUUUUGGGACAUAAAAAACCGAUUGCCACGCUCACUUACGACUAUUGAAUGGGAAGAUACUUUUUGUAGCGUCUACUCCAAAGACAACCCUAAUCUUUUAUUUUCAAUGUGUGGGUUUGAAGUCAGAAUUCUUCCAAAAAUCAGAAGUAUCAAUGAAGAAUUUACUCUAAAAGAUGGUGUUUGGAAUUUGAUUAAUGAACAAACAAAAGAGAGAACUGCUCAGGCAUUUUUACGUGUUGAUGAAGAAUCAAUGCAGAAAUUCCACAAUCGUGUCCGUCAAAUUUUGAUGAGUUCUGGUAGUACUACAUUCUCAAAAAUUAGCAAUAAAUGGAACACUUGUCUUAUUGGGUUGAUGAGUUAUUUCAGGGAGGCAGUUGUUCAUACCAAAGAACUAUUGGAUAUUAUUGUAAAAGCCGAAAACAAGAUUCAAACUCGUAUUAAAAUUGGUCUCAAUUCAAAAAUGCCAAGUAGAUUUCCUUGUGUUGUCUUCUACUGCUUUGGAGAAAAUACACCAGUAAUGUUGAAGAACGGUUCGCUAAAAAUGGUUCAAAAUAUUGAGAUAGGUGAUAAAGUCCUUGGCGAAAACCAUAUCGGAUAUAAAGUUGUGCAUACAGUUAGUAACGAAGGACAAUUAUAUUUGAUCAAAGAACAAUUUGGGCAUUACAUCAAAAUAAAUGAUACUUGUGCACACGAGAAUAAAAUAUUGCCUCUCAAAGAUUCAAUCUUUGAUGAAGAUGGAUUUGUUUGUAACGAGAAUCAUAUUCUUGUUUUGCGUCCAAAUAUAAAAAGUAAACUAUAUCCAGCAUUUACUUGGGAGGUUACUGUAAAACAAUAUCUUAAAUGGAAAAAAACGUACCCUCAUUUGGCCAAUAUCAUGGUCCUUUAUCGUUCGCCUCUUGUUGAAUGGGCAGAAUCUGUAUUAGAUCUGGAACAAAUAAUCGAGAAUGCGUAUUUGAAAACAGGAAAUGAGAAACACAAUCAACGAAUUUCAGUGGAAGAUUUAUGUUGGUUGAUUGGUUUUUGGCUUGGCAGCGAAAGCUUUAAUAUGCAAUCAAUAGCAUCUGAUGAUAAUGAAUACAAGGAACUUCAAUUUGAGCUCAACAGAAUCGCAAACAAUUUGAAUCUUUUAGUUCUUAGUGCAGACGAAGUUUCAGCUUUAAGUUUGGAUGAUUUAGAUCAGGUAUUGCAUUUUGGAUGGUUUGGCUUAUUUACUGCAAAUUAUAAAAAAUCAUCUGUAAAAGAAUACAAUAUUUUUUGGCAAAUACUACUAGAGUUGGGAAUUGCUGAAACAAAAAGUUGUACACAAGAUCUUAUUGUAGGACUCGCUACUCAGUCUAAAUCAUCUAGAGAGAAUCUACUUGGUGGGCUAACCGAUUCAAGUGGUUCUUAUUGUUUUGAUGAUGAUAUUGAUGGUCAUUACAGCAUUCUUCAAAGAUUUGACCAAAAAGUUGACGUGUCAUGUAUAAAGCUUGCAAGACAUGUAGCUAGAUCUUUAGGAUUGAAUUCAGUUGGAUAUUCAUACAAUGAUAACCCAAAACUUGAGACAAAAUCUCACAAUACAAUACUUUUAUAUAUUGGUGGUUUAGGAACUGAAGAUAUUAAAUGUAAAUUGAAGAAGGAAAAGAGCGCAGAAUUUUGUGAUUUGGAAUUCAUUACAUUCAACCAAGGAUUUACUUGCAAACCAUAUAAACAUGGGAGAUAUUAUGGUUUUACGCUUGAAAGCCCAUCAAACGGUCGUUUUAUAAUGGGUGACUUUAUGGGUGGACUUGGUAUGCUUAGUAUGGGGCAUGUACUUAUUCCACAAUCUGAUCUCCGUUGGUCUAAGCAAACUGAAACUGGAAUUACACAUUUUCGAUCUGGUAUGAGUCAUGAAGAAGAUCAAUUAAUACCAAAUUUAUACCGAUAUCUUCAACCAUGGGAAGCAGAAUUUAUUGAUUCACAACGUGUUUGGAGUGAAUACGCUUUGAAAAGACAAGAAGCAAAUUCACAAAAUAGAAGAUUGACUCUUGAAGAUUUAGAAGACAGUUGGGACAGAGGCUUGCCACGUAUUAAUACAUUGUUUUCUAAAGAUCGGCAUACUCUUGCAUAUGAUAAAGGAUGGAGAGUCAGAACAGACUUUAAACAGUAUCAAGUACUCAAAAACAACCCAUUUUGGUGGACACAUUCAAGACAUGACGGUAAACUUUGGUCGCUUAACAAUUAUAGAACGGACAUGAUUCAAGCAUUAGGUGGUGUUGAAGGAAUUUUAGAACAUACACUUUUCAAAGGCACAUACUUCUCAACAUGGGAAGGUCUGUUUUGGGAGAAAGCAUGUUUUGCACGUGGCACUAAACUACUGAAUAGUCUAUUUCAAACAGUGAAAGUCGAAUAUUUAAAAAUUGGUGACUGUCUCAUGGGUGAUGAUGGCACGCUUCGCACAAUUCUUGAUCUUUCUUAUGGAUAUGAUCGUUUAUAUAAAAUCGAAUUAAAUGAGGGCGAACCAUUGGUUGUAACCGGAAAUCAUAUUCUUGUAUUUAAAGCAGAUUCAGAUGCAAAAGGUGUUCAUUAUGGUCAAAUGAAAGAAGUUACUGUGGAGGAAUAUAACUCUUGGAAUGCUGCUGACAAAAAAAUCUGGAAAUUAUUUUAUAACGAUGUACUCAAAUUUGAAAAAACAAAUGUGCCAAUUGAUCUUUGUCUAUUAGGCGAUAAAAAACAAUUUAAACGUCAAGAUAAUUUAUUGACUACAGAAAUCAAGAGAGUUGAGAGAAUGAGUUAUUUUACAGAAUAUUUUGGUUUCAAAGUUGAUGGAAACCAACGUUUCUUACGUGACGAUUUUCUAGUCCUACAUAAUUCUGGAUUUGAAGAAAGUAUGAAAUAUAAGAAAUUAACCAACGCUCAACGUUCGGGUCUUAACCAAAUUCCUAAUCGUAGAUUUACACUUUGGUGGUCACCAACCAUCAACCGUGCAAAUGUCUAUGUUGGUUUUCAAGUACAAUUGGAUCUUACAGGAAUUUUCAUGCACGGAAAGAUUCCAACAUUGAAAAUAUCUUUAAUUCAAAUCUUUAGGGCACAUCUUUGGCAAAAAAUUCAUGAAAGUGUCGUGUUUGAUUUGUGUUUCGCUGCGGGAACAAAGAUAAUGAUGGCCAAUGGUUCAUUUAAAAAGGUCGAAAAAAUUUGUGAAGGGGAUCAAUUACUUGGUGACGAUGAAAAGGCAAGAACUGUUACAAAUUUAAUUCACAACACCAAUGGAAAACUUUUCAAAUAUGAGGUUUUGGGAUCUAAUUCUAUUGAAAAUCAAAAAAAUAUUUUCAUCCAACUCUUGAAAUAUUUUUCAGUUUAUGAAAAUCAACACAAAGAGAUUUCAGAUGAUGUAUUAACAAAAUUAACCAAUCAAAGUCUCACAUUUAGAUUACAAGUUCUUGCGGGUCUUAUUGACGCAGAUGGUUACAAAUUACAAAGUAAAAAUACUUAUAAAUAUUAUUAUUAUUUACAUAAAUAUUCAGAGGAUGCAUCAAUAAUCCGACUUGCUCGUCAUCUUGCGCGAUCAGUUGGAUUCCAAUGUAUUGCGUACGAAACGACAUAUUCGGUUCCUAAUGAAAGUAACUACUAUGAUGAUUUAGAGCAGAAAUUUAUAAUUUAUGAUACAAAUAUUACCCAAGAACAGGCAGUAAUUAGUAUUGAUAUUAAGGGUGAAGGUUUAGAAGAUAUUCCAUGUAUUAUUAAAUCAAAAAGAAUAAAUCGCAGCAGAAACAAGCAGGAACACAUUGUAAUGAAUAGAGUAGCGACAUUAGAGUAUGAAUUUGACAUUAUUGAAAUAGAACCUGGUGAAUAUUACGGUUUCCAAGUAACCGGAAGUAAUCAACGGUUUUUACUUGGAGAUUUUACAGCAUCUCACAAUUGCCAAGUAUUUGAUGGUGAAAUUGAAAGCUUGCAGAUAGAUAUGGUACAGAAAGAAAGUAUCCAUCCAAGAAAAUCCUACAAAAUGAAUUCAUCUUGUGCUGAUAUUUUAUUAUUUGCUGCCUACAAAUGGAAUGUAUCUAAACCAUCACUAUUGAAUGAUACUAAAGACACAAUGGAUGGUACUACUACUUCUCGAUGGUUUGUUGAUGUUCAACUUCGAUUUGGAGACUACGAUUCACAUGAUAUUGAACGUUAUACCAGAGCCAAGUUCUUAGAUUAUUCAACAGAUAAUAUGAGUAUCUAUCCAUCACCAUUUGGUAUAAUGAUUGGUAUUGAUUUAGCAUAUAAUUUACAUUCUGCAUAUGGACAUUGGAUUCCUGGUUCCAAGACUUUGAUCCAGUCUGCAAUGGCAAAAAUCAUGAAAGCGAAUCCAGCAUUAUAUGUUUUACGUGAACGUAUAAGAAAAGGUUUACAAUUAUAUUCGUCCGAACCCACUGAACCUUAUUUAUCAUCACAAAAUUAUUCUGAACUUUUUUCAAAUCAAAUUAUUUGGUUUGUUGAUGACACCAAUGUCUAUCGAGUCACAAUUCAUAAAACAUUUGAAGGAAAUUUAACAACAAAACCAAUUAACGGAGCAAUAUUUAUUUUUAAUCCAAGAACUGGACAAUUAUUCUUAAAAAUUAUUCAUACUUCAGUAUGGGCUGGUCAAAAACGUCUUGGACAACUUGCAAAAUGGAAGACAGCAGAAGAAGUGGCUGCUUUAAUCAGAUCAUUGCCAAUUGAAGAACAGCCUAAACAAAUCAUUGUCACUAGAAAAGGAAUGUUGGAUCCUCUAGAGGUGCAUUUACUUGAUUUCCCAAAUAUUGUAAUUAAAGGUAGUGAACUUCAAUUACCAUUCCAAUCAUGCUUGAAAUUGGAGAAGUUUGCAUUUUCACGUCUUAUUCUUAUUUUACGUGCAUUACAUGUAAACACCGACAAGACUAAAAUGAUUUUAAGACCAGAUAAAAAUACCAUAACUGAACCGCAUCAUAUUUGGCCAACAUUAACAGAUGAAGAAUGGAUAAAGGUUGAAGUCGCAUUGAAAGAUUUGAUACUGGCAGAUUAUGGUAAAAAGAACAAUGUGAAUGUUGCUUCGUUAACUCAAUCAGAAAUACGUGACAUUAUCCUUGGUAUGGAGAUAUCUGCACCAUCUCUUCAAAGACAGCAGAUCGCGGAAAUUGAAAAACAAACCAAAGAACAAUCACAGCUAACAGCUGUCACUACAAAAACUCAAAAUAUUCAUGGAGACGAAAUGAUUGUCACGACUACAAGUAAUUAUGAACAGCAAACAUUUUCAUCGAAAACUGAAUGGCGUGUAAGAGCAAUAUCGUCAACAAAUCUACAUUUACGUACAAAUCAUAUUUAUGUCAAUGCUGAAGAUAUAAGAGAUACUGGUUAUACUUAUGUAUUACCAAAGAAUGUUUUGAAGAGGUUUAUACAAAUAGCAGAUCUUCGUACACAAAUAGCAGCUUAUAUGUAUGGAAUAUCGCCUCGUGAUAAUGCACAAGUUAAAGAAAUUAGAGCUCUAGUCAUAGUACCACAAUAUGGUACACAUCAAACGGUCAAUUUGCCUAAUAUGGUGCCAGAUAAUGAGUAUCUAAAAGAUUAUGAACCAUUAGGUCUUAUUGUCACUCAACCAUUUGAAACUGCACAAUUAUCACCAACAAUACUCUCUUUACAUGCUAAGUUUGUGGCAGAAAAUAAAAAUUGGGAUGGUGAUAAAACAAUAACAAUGACAGUUAGUUUUACACCAGGAUCAUGUUCUUUGACUGCUUAUAAAUUAACACCAGCUGGGUUCGAAUGGGCACGUAAUAAUAAAGACACUUCACCUAAUCCACCAGGUUACUUGCCUACAUUUGCAGAAAAGGUUCAAAUGUUAUUAUCAGAUCGGUUCAUGGGAUUCUUCAUGGUCCCAGAGAAUGAUAUCUGGAAUUAUUCAUUUAUGGGUCCAUCACAUUCUCCUACUAUGAAAUAUUCUCUUAAACUAGAUAUACCAAAGGAAUUUUAUCAUGAAUUGCAUAGGCCACAACAUUUUAUUAAUUUUAGCUCUUUAGAAGAAGAUAUUGAUGCAGAUCGUGAUGAUUUAAUUACUAGACCAGCACAUUCUAUAAUUAACCAAUCUUUUGACUCAAGGUUAAGAAUUGAGUCAAGGCUUAACGGUGAUGGAUUUGGUGUAGGUUGGUACGAAGCUCAUAAUCAAGAGUCAGAACAAAUUGAAUCACCUUGUAUAUUUACAUCUGUUACACCUGCAUGGAACAACAAGAAUUUAUCAAGAUUAGCUGAAAAAAUAAAGAGUCAUUUAGUAUUUGCACAUGUCAGAGCUUCUAAUUCUGGUGCUUUAUCAGAAACAAAUUGUCAUCCAUGGCAGUAUGAAAGUUUAAUGUGGAUGCACAAUGGUCAUAUUCAAGAUUUCUAUAAGAUUAAAAGAAAGUUAGUUCAAUCUUUAAAAGAAGACAUUUUUUUAUUUGUCCAAGGAAACACUGAUUCAGAAUGGGCCUUUGCAUUAUUUCUAAAUCAAUUAACAGAUCCAAAGAACGGACCAUUUGACCAUGAAAUUCUGAGAAAUGCAAUGUUAAAAACUAUCCAACAAUUAAAUAUUUGGGCUGAAGAAGAAGGAAUUAUUGAACCGUCCUUGUUGAAUUUCGCAGUGACAGAUGGAUGUUCUGUUGUUUGUACUCGCUACAUCAAUUGUAAGAUGAGAGAAGCUGCUUCAUUGUAUUUCUCAUCUGGGACAAGUUUUAUGGAAUAUAAGCCUGGACAUUAUAAAAUGUUUAAAGCCGAUAAAAGAGAAGACAUUGUACUAAUAGCAUCAGAACCUUUGACAUUUGAGAAGGCGGAUUGGUUAACCAUACCAUCAAAUACUUGUAUAGUUAUCACUCCUAAAUUAAAUGUUUUGCUAUAUCCUAUCAAAGAUCAAUUCUACACUCUCGACAGAUCAAAAAGAAAAUCAAUCAAUCAAUCUUCUUAA